AUGUUACAGCUCUUAUCUCGUCUUCGACCGGCCAAAAAGAAGCAACCAGCGGCUACUCGUCCAAAAAUAGCCCAACAGAUCCCGGACCUCAAUGAAUUCCUCUUGAAAAGAGACUAUGCAGCUGCUAUAUCGCUAUUGGAGUUCAAACAAAAAAAUGGCGAGAAAAAUGAAACCACAGAACUAUGGCUUGGACAUUGCUAUUUCAGAUCAGGAGACUAUAAGAAGGCUUUAGAUGUAUAUGAGGGCAUGAAAAACAGUGGGAAUGAAAAUCCAGACCUUCCAGUGUUCCUAGGAAUAUGUUAUUUCUACCUGGGGAUGUAUGAGGAAGCAAAAAAUAUAGCUGAGAAAGCAGAGCGAUCUCCACUACAGAAUCGAUUGCUUUUCCAUGUGGCUCAUAAACUUGGAGAGGAGAGACGAUUAAUGGCGCAUCACCAACUUCUUGGAAAUACUAUGGAGGAUCAAUUGUCGUUGGCUUCAAUUCAUUAUAUGCGUAUGCACUACUCGGAAGCUAUCGAAGUGUACAAAUCGAUACUUCAGGAACACGCAAAUAUGAUCGCCUUGAACGUCUACAUGGCUAUGUGUUAUUAUAAGAUGGACUACUUUGAUGUAGCACAGGAAGUGCUCGCCGUGUAUCUCCGCUCAUUCCCGGACAGUCCAGCUGCACUGAAUUUAAAAGCAUGUAUAACUUUUAAAACAUACAACGGCAAAGCAGCAUUACCAGAAGUGGAGGCACUCCAGAAAGCAACUUUGUAUCCGGCUGCUGCAGAUCUUCUUCGCCACAAUACCGUUGUAUUCAAAGACGGCGAUGGAGCAAUGCAGGUUUUCCCUGGAUUGAUGGAUACGCUUCCAGAGGCAAGAGUGAACCUGAUUCUCUAUCACCUCAAAAGAAAUGAUAUUGAGAGUGCGAUGACGUUGUGCAACGACUUGGAGCCUCAAUCCACCGUUGAGUUCCUUGUGAAAGCGGUAGCUUUUGCUUAUUGGGGACAACUAAAGGAAUCGAAAGAUCAUCUAAAGACAGCGGAACAGUUCUUUAAGAUGGUUGGAGAGUCUCCUUACGACACAGAUACCAUUCCUGGACGUCAAAGCAUGGCAUGCUCACUUUUCCUAAGCGGACAAUAUGAAGAUGCGUUAGUCUAUUUAAACUCAAUUCAGGCCUACCACAAUAGCGACGACGUCUUUUCGUUCAACACUGCCCAAACAGAAAUGCAAUGCGGGAUGUGGAAAGAGGCUGAGGAGCAUUUUCUUGCAGUCACAGGGCCUGAUCGAGACAAACCAGCGUUUAAAUUUAUGCUUACUAAAACUUUUAUAAUGAAUCACAAGCCUCAACUCGCAUGGGAUAUCUACAGUAGAUCCACGGAUCCGAAGGAAUCCUUCAAUAUACUACGCAUCAUUGCAAUGGAUUGUUAUACAGUUGGCGAAUUCUACUAUGCCGCAAAAGCGUUCGAUGGAUUAGAGAAAAUUGAUCCAUCACCGGAAAAUUGGCAAGGAAAACGAGGCGCCACCUGUGGUCUCUUCAAGAUGCUUGUACAAGGCAGAGCAACCAACGAGCAAAUGUCGGAAGUUCUACAACUGCUCGAUCGAGGAAAUCAUCCGCAAGCCGAUUUUGUAUCAUCGACGAUACGAAAAUGGGCCAAAACACAUGAAAUUAAUUUAGAUUAA